AGCUUUGUUAUGGUUGUGGGUUAGUCACCUCUACGGAGCUGAGAAGCAGAAAACGCGUCCCUGGACGCCGCGUCUCGUCCUUGGUUGUUGCCCUGCCGCUGCCUGAUUGGUAAAUUCGUGUGGCCUUUUAAAUAAUUGAAUAAUGAUGAAAAUGGAUCCAACAUAUUAGGUUACUUCACCAAAGCAGCAGAAGAUUCUUCAUAUCACCUUACAGCAGCUCAAUUCAGUUUUUGGAAAGGAGCAGAACAAGUGAAAUACUGAAAAAACAGAGAGAAGAAAACUUCAUUUUGGAACUCUUUCUCCUUGGCUACCCCUCAGCCCAUGUCUUUCUACUUGUUUUAAUUUUACUGUGUUUGUAACUAGUGAAGACCAAAGAAAUAAAAUACAUGUGUAAGAGCUAUAUACCAAGAAAUUUGCCUUGAAAGCUGCUAUUCUGUAGAGAGAAAAGUUUAUCAAGUUAUUGUCAGAUCCUUUUUUAAAGCAAGAUUUUGUAGGUCCUUAGAUUUUUGGAAGUUAAGACAAUUAGAAACAUCCGCAUACUGUUUUUAGCAGUUGUAUUUAAAAAAAAAAAAUGAGAUUUGUGUUUUAAGGGCUUUGUCAUGUGGGCUCACCACAGGUGUUGACUGCUCCAAAGAUUUUUUGAUUGUUUUAAUGCUAUAUUUUUGAUCUAUCUCCUUGAUGACAGCACUUACCUGCACAUGAAGCUACCUGUCUUUCUAACUAUGACUUUGUUAUGAAUAGUGUUUGGCCUCACUGUGCAAAUGUCCAUGCAUUACCUAUUGAAGCAACAUUAUAGUGCUGUUACUCACGAAAGUUGAAUGAGGUGAACAUAGACAUAGCUUUUUCCCCUUACCCCUCUUUUUAAAUGUAACAAAUACUUUUUAUGUUCCCCUUCCCCCUUCCCCUCCCCCUUCCCCUUUUUGGAAACGUGUCAGAAACUAGGUAGUUGAGGAUGAACAAUUGAGGGAACUAAGAAAGUGACCUACACGGAGCCAAGCUUCUCUGUGUCCUUCAUCACAAGGCGUUCUGUUGGCUGGGCAGUUUAAGCUCCCUUUUAACAAGAAAACCUUUCAAGAGAUCCAGCUCAUAACCUCAAGGAAUUCAGAAAACAGGAUCACAGAGAUUACACUCUGGGAUCCUGGCCAUGAGGUUGGAUGCCUCACUUUGCUGAAAAGAGACACUGGACCUAAAUGGCGCAGCAUGACUUUGUUCCUACUUGGCUAAAUUUUUCAACACCACAAUCAGCUAAGUCACCUACAACCACUUUUGAAAAACACGGAGACCACCUACCCUGAGGAGAAGGUAGAUUUGGAGUAAGCCGUCGGCGACACAAUUCGUCUGAUGGCUUCUUUAACAAUGGACCUUUACGAACUACAGGAGAUUCCUGGCAUCAACCAUCCCUGUUCAGCCAUGAUUCUGUGGACUCUGGUGUUUCUAAGGGAACAUAUGCUGGAAUCACAGGGAACUUAUCUGGUUGGCACAGCUCUUCCCGGGGUCAUGAUGGCAUAAGCCAGCGUAGUGGAGGUGGCACAGGGAACCAUCGACACUGGAAUGGCAGCUUCCACUCCCGGAAAGGCUGUGCCUUUCAGGAAAAGCCACCUACAGAGGUUAGGGAAGAAAAAAAAGAAGACAAGAUGGAAAAAUUGCAGUUGGAAGAGGAAGACUUUCCUUCUUUGAAUCCAGAAGCUGGCAGGCAGACUCAGUCAUGCAGACCUAUUGGGACCCCUUCUGGAGUGUGGGAAAAUCCACCUGGUGCCAAGCAACCCUCCAAGAUGCUAGUAAUCAAAAAAGUUUCCAAAGAGGAUCCUGCUGCUGCCUUCUCUGCUGCAUUCACCUCACCAGGAUCUCACCAUGCAAAUGGAAAUAAAUCAUCAACCAUGAUUCCAAGUGUCUAUAAGAACCUGGUUCCUAAGCCUGCACCACCUCCUUCCAAGCCCAAUGCAUGGAAAACUAACAGAAUGGAACACAAAUCAGGAUCCCUUUCCUCUAGCCGGGAGUCUGCUUUUACCAAUCCAAUUUCUGUUACCAAACCAGUGGUACUGGCUGGUGGUGCAGUUCUAAGCUCUCCCAAAGAG